CUCUCUCUCUCUCUCUCUCUCUCUCUCUCUCUCUCUCUCGCGAUUCGACCAUGGAGAUCCUCUCUGCUCCAAUCUCUUCAUGCUCGAAAGAGCACCAAAAGAUCUAUCAGGAAUGGUUUUCAUAUACAGAUUCAGAUAACGACGGAAGGAUUACCGGGAACGAUGCCACAAAGUUGUUUGCCAUGUCCAAGCUAUCCCGCCCAGAACUCAAACAGGUGUGGGCGAUUGCAGACUUGAAGCGUCAAGGAUUUCUCGGUUUCAGAGAGUUCAUUACUGCAAUGCAGCUAAUUGCUCUGGCGCAAGCAGGACAUGAAAUUACUCAGGACAUGCUUACUACUGCAGUAGAUUUGGAGCAUUUGGAACCUCCGGUGAUGGAAGGUUUGGAUACAUUAAUAGCUAAAAGUAAGCCUUCAUUGAAAAUAAGUGAUCCUGAUAUAAAUUUAACUCCUCAGCCACAAACACCAUCAUUCCUGUGGUCUGCCUCAAAAUCUGUAAAAAAGAUGCCUCUCAGCUCUGUUACGUCAAUAGUUGAUGGCUUGAAGAGGUUAUACAUUGAAAAACUGCAGCCAUUGGAAGUUACUUAUCGUUUCAACGAUUUUGCUUCUCCACUAUUGACAAGCAGUGAUUUUGAUGCCAAGCCCAUGGUUAUGCUGUUAGGCCAGUAUUCCACCGGAAAAACAACAUUCAUUAAACAUUUGCUACGAAGCAGCUAUCCAGGAGCUCACAUCGGACCUGAACCUACGACUGACAGAUUCGUUGUUGUUAUGUCAGGACCUGAUGAAAGGAGUAUCCCAGGAAACACUAUUGCUGUGCAAGCAGACAUGCCUUUUAGUGGCCUCACAACAUUUGGAACUGCAUUUUUAUCAAAAUUUCAAUGUUCCCAGAUGCCAAAUUCACUACUAGAACACAUCACCUUUGUCGAUACACCUGGAGUCCUUUCUGGAGAAAAGCAACGGACGCAGCGCAGCUACGAUUUUACCGGCAUUACAUCGUGGUUUGCAUCGAAGUGUGAUCUUAUCCUUCUUUUAUUUGAUCCUUAUAAACUUGAUAUCAGUGAUGAAUUCAAGCGUGUGAUUGGAUCUCUGCGUGGCCAUGAUGACAAGAUACGUGUGGUUCUGAAUAAGGCAGACCAAGUUGACACACAACAGCUGAUGAGAGUUUAUGGAGCCUUGAUGUGGUCUCUUGGAAAAGUUUUGAAUACUCCUGAAGUUAUGCGUGUUUACAUUGGAUCGUUCAAUGACAAACCUGUAAAUGAAGCAGCUGUGGGUCCAAUUGGAAAGGAACUGUUUGAGAAGGAGCAAGACGACCUUCUUGCUGAUUUAAAAGAUAUUCCUAAAAAGGCUUGCGACCGCCGAAUCAAUGAAUUUGUAAAACGUGCCAGAGCUGCUAAGAUUCAUGCAUACAUAAUCAGCCAUCUUAAAAAGGAGAUGCCAGCAAUGAUGGGCAAGGCUAAGACUCAACAACGACUCAUUGAUAAUCUAGAGGAUGAAUUUGGAAAGGUCCAAAGAGAGUUCCAUCUACCAGCAGGUGAUUUCCCCAACGUCGAUCACUUCAAGGAAGUCUUGAGUGGAUAUAGUAUUGACAAGUUUGAGAAGUUGAAGCCAAAGAUGAUACAAGCCAUUGAUGAUAUGCUGGGAUACGACAUACCGGAGCUCCUCAAGAACUUUAGAAAUCCUUACGAAUGAUAAGAUUUUUAGCUGAAGAGAAGGAAAAGAGAUUGCGAAUGGCUGAUGGGUGUGGCGAUGCAAUUUGUAUAUCUUGCUUAUGCUGUCUUUUGAUUACUACCAUUUUCUAUCUCAUUCAAGUAUUCAUAUGGGCAUGCUUAUACUCAAAUGUGUGCAUUAAGGAUAUCAAUCAUAUCCUGGUUGAAAGCUAGAUUAUGCUUGUAUUAGUCCAGGACAAUUGUAGCUUGUUCUAAAGGAAACACAAACAUCUAUUACUCUCUAUUCGUCGGAUUUCAGUGUCAGUUGAUUUCAGGCUUUUAAUGUC